CUUGUAUGCAUUAGAAAAUCACUUGCAUUGAUUUUAGUUUUAUAUUGAUCUCAUGAAACCCUUGUUAUCAAAACUUCAUCUCUUUGCUACACAGGCGGCUCAUGCUCAUGAGCUCAAAUCCGGAUCAUUGAUUCAUCAAUCACAGCUAGUUCACGCUUAUUGUUCUCAUGGCGCAUUCUCAUAUGCCCGCCAGCUGUUCGACGAAAUGUCGCACUGGGAUAUUGUAUCAGGCACAUCGAUCAUCAGCUCCUUCGUGCGCCACAAACGCUACGGUGACGCGAUUUCUCUCUUCUCGCGCUUGCUUUUGCUUGGUAUUCGGCCUAAUGAGUUCACAUUCGGGACGGCAUUGCAUGCCUCUACUGUACUUGGUGAUCUCAACGUUGGCAAGCAGCUCCAUGCUUGUAUUACCAAAAUGGGUCUCCAAUCUAAUGUGUUUGUUGGCAGUUCGCUUCUUGAUCACUAUUCAAAGUUAGGCACAAUCAAAGAAGCACGGUACACAUUCAAAGGUAUUCAUGACCCCAAUGUUGUUGCUUACACUGCAUUGAUCAAUGGGUACUUGAAGAAUGCUGAAUUUGAUAAUGCACUUAAACUGUUUGCGAAAAUGCCUGAAAGAAAUGUAGUUUCUUGGAAUGCUGUGAUUGGUGGUUGUAGUCAAAUGGGUCUCAAUGAGGAGUCGGUGAACCUUUUCGUCAAAAUGUGCAGAGAUGGAGUGAAGCCUACUGACUCUACGUUUGCUAGUCUUUUCAGUGCAGCUGCUAAUAUAGCUGUUCUUGGCCUAGGAAGGAGCUUUCAUUCUUCAGCAAUAAAAUCCCUGGCUAAGUUCGAUGUGUUUGUCGGCAAUUCUCUCAUUAGCUUCUACUCAAAGUGUGGUUGUUUGGAAGACAGUGUCAAAGUGUUUGAUAGAGUCAAAGACAGGAAUAUAGUCUCUUGGAAUGCUGUGAUUUGUGGGUAUGCACAGAAUGGUAAUGGGAUUAAGGCCCUUGAGUACUUCAAAAGGAUGCGGCUUUCUGGAUUUAAACCGAAUAGUGUUACUCUACUUGGUCUGUUGUUUGGUUGUAAUCAUGCAGGUUUAGUAGAUGAUGGCUAUUCUUGUUUCAAAUUGGCAAUGACUGAAGAGCCCAGCAUACUAAAACCCGAGCAUUAUGCUUGUGUUGUCAAUCUGCUUUCGCGCUCUGGCCGAUUCAAUGAGGCCAAAAGGUUUCUUCAGGAGCUUCCUUUUGAUCCAGGGAUCGGUUUUUGGAAGUCCCUCUUGGGAGGAUGUCAGAUUCAUUUGAAUAAGGAACUGGCUGAUGCCAUUACUCAUAGAAUUCUGGAAUUGGAUCCUAAGGACAUAUCAUCUUAUGUUCAACUUUCUAAUGUGUACUCCUCUGCGGGUAAAUGGCAGAAUGUGUCAGCAAUCAGAAGAGAGAUGAAAGAAAGAGGUAUGAAGACAGUUCCUGGAUGCAGCUGGAUUGAAGUCAAGAACAAGGUCCAUGUGUUCUUCAAUGCAGAUAGAAGGCACUCUCAGACAGAUGAAAUAUAUGAGACUUUGAUGGCUUUCAUGGCUACUUUGGAGAGCAAGCCCUUCAGUGACUUACAUUAUUGAGGU